AUUCCAGCAACCCGCUUUGCUUUUCUUUCUUUAUCCUAUUUCCCAGUUGAAAUUAUUACGAUACCCCAGUUAUGGCGUUCACCGGUGCAUUUACCACACCUGCGCGGAUUCCAACGACAUCAUAUGACACGGCGCUGUGUAUUAUACCACCUAGGUCGCAGGGCGGCCACGUAGAUCAGUUGCGCGAGCUUUAUGACAAGGCUUUUGGGAGAUGGCCAGCACAUGUCAACCUCAUAUACCCAUUUGUAGCGCCAGAAAAUCUUCCACGAGCUAAGCAACAAAUCCAAGAGCAUUUUGCAGAGCACUUGGAUCAAAGCAAGCCAGUCGACGUCAAACUAGGCCAAGCCGGAUGCUUCGCGCAAAAGAACAAGUACACCAUCUUCCUUACAGAAGAUAAUGAGAAAGCCUCACCUUCAACUCUUCAAUCGCUACGAACAAUAGCCCUGGAAUCUCUAGGACAAAAGACUGUUCAAUCUACCCUGCACCUUACUGUUGGGCAGUCGCAAGACAGCACCAUUCUCUCGCGGGCGUUUCUCCUAGAAAAAGCCCGAUUACUACCUGCCCUGCAAUUUGGCGUUGCAAGACUUGCUAUUUUGAUACGCGAACGCGUGACUGGCUCCGAGUCAACAGAUCACAUGCGCCUCUACGAUACCAUUGAUAUCUGCUCCGGUAGUGUUUCACAGCUGGACGAGUCCAAUUACUGGGUGCAGAGACUGCCCUCAAGUGUGACGGCACUCGGAUAUGAGGAGGAUGCUCAAGACGAGAUGGCCCAACGAGAAAUUAAGCCCUACGAUCAAGGUGUACAGUCGGGAUCGACCUUCCACUUUGAUGAAGAUGAAUACAAGUGGGCCGCCUACUCCGCUGAGGAUGCCGAAAUCGAAGUUGAGGCUUUAUCAGUCGCAAGCUACAACGUCUUGAUAGAUACCGAGUACCCGCCAACGCACGACCGCGAUCCUCUGCUAAUCAGUACCAUUCUUUCUGACUCUGCAAUGGCGAAUAUUCUGGUACUUCAAGAAGUAUCCGAUGAUUUCCUGUCUUACCUGCUAAGCGACGGCGAGAUUCAGCGAAGAUAUCCGUUCGCUUCCCAUGGACCACCUGCGCAGCCGGACAUUGGACCGCUACCUAAUCUACGCAACAUCGUUGUCCUGAGCUGCUAUCCCUUUUCAUGGAAGCUGGUUUCAUUUUAUCGCAGACACAAGGGCGCCAUUGUUGCGCAUUUCCCAGGUAUUGCUGCAUCUGGCUCGGCGGACUCCCAAGGCCUUGUAAUUGCUGGUGUCCACUUGACUGCUGGUCUUACGGACGGAGCAGUCGCAACCAAGAGGGCUCAGAUGAAGACUUUGGUGGGCUAUCUCGAGCAAAACCAUGACGAGGAGCCAUGGAUCGUCACAGGCGAUUUCAAUCUUGUCACCUCGACCUACACCAUAGACGCUGCUUGCAAGAACAAGGCUAUUACUGACGAGACCGCCAACACACUAGUCUCUAUAGAGACUUCCAUCAGCGAUGCUGGUUUACUGGAUGCCUGGUCCGUUUCCCGAGUAGAAGCAACCGACCAGACACGUAUUGCUGACGCAGGAGAGCUGUUCGAAGGCGAAGAGGGGGCGACCUUUGAUCCGCAAAACAACAGGCUUGCUGCUGGGACUACUACCACUUCACACGACCGCCCGCAACGCUAUGACAGGAUCCUUGUUCGCCCAAAACAUACGCUUCGCAUCAGCCGCUUCAAUCACUUUGGUCUUCCUGAGAUAAUCGACGAUGUUCAGGUAGUCGCCAGCGAUCAUUACGGAGUGAGAACACAAAUGCGCAUUGCGAGUGGUGUAGCGGACAACGCUAUCAAUACUGAUGCAGUAAACCAGCCCGUUGUUCAAAUGAAGCGCUCAAUUGUGACCUUAUCCGAUGCGUCAGCCAUAAACUCGGUGCUUGCGGUGCAUGGUAUGAUUCCCGACGAAGAGCAGGCAAAACAACGACAAGACGCAUUUUCAACUCUCCAACAAGUCAUAUUAAACAAGCCUAGUGAUGCCGAGUCUGAGCAAUCGGAUAUUCCACUGGUCAUGGUGCCAGUCGGCUCAUAUGCUCUUGGUGUUUGGACAUCCAACUCAGACGUUGACUGUCUCUGCAUCGGCACCAUCAGCUCCAAAACCUUCUUCAAACUUGCCAGACAGCGACUCAUCAAAGCUGGAGAUACCCAGGUGCGCAUCUUGAGGAAGGUUGAGGCCAGCACGGGCACUAUGCUUGAACUUUCCAUCAAUGGCAUAUUGAUGGACUUGCAAUACUGUCCCGCAGCGCAGGUUGUCGAAAGAUGGGCUGAGUUUGCAGACAUUCCAGCAUCCGAUCCUAUCUUCAAUCUCUCUCUCCUCUCCCUCCGCAAGCUGAAGCCGUACCGCGACUUGCUAUACAUGCAGCGCACACUACCAUCGUGCUCAUUGUUCCGUCUAGCGUACCGAUGUAUUAAGCUGUGGGCUGUUCAGCGCGGUGUUUAUUCUGCAAAGUUUGGUUAUCUUGGUGGCGUACACAUUACGCUCAUGCUCUCCUGGGUUUGCAAGCGACUUGCGCAUGAUGUCGGUUCAGUCAGCGUUGCGGAUCUCGUCGCAAGCUUCUUCUAUCACUACGGACACUUUGACUGGGCCAAUGCGAUGGUUUACGAUGCCUUCUUUCACAAGAAGCAGCCGCGUUAUCACCGUAGUGCCAGGGAGCCCAUGGUGGUUCUGGGCUUCCACGCGCCCAACUCCAACAUUGCACACACUUCUACUACCCCUGGUCUACAGACGCUGGUCAAAGAGUUCAAGGCUGCUGAUGCAAAACUCAGUAAGCCAGGAAUGACAUGGGAAGAGUUCUUCGGAGCAUCCCCAAAAGCAAGUUUAGAUGUGCAACUUCCUCUUGGAGCCGUGGAGUUUCUCAGCACCUACAAUGACUUUGUCAAGAUCGACAUACAGUUCUGGGGACGCACACUGGCAAAGGAUAAGAGCUUGAUUGGUUGGAUUGAGUCGAGGUGCAUAUCCCUCGUUGUCGAUAUCCACAAGGCACUCCCAGAAUCAGAAGUGCGGAUCUGGCCAGCUCGAUUCACAGACAGCGCUCCCAGCGAUUCAGGCGAUAGCAGCGACUACCAAGGAUGCUACCUGGUUGGUUUGUCCAAGGCCGCAGAGGCUGGUUCGGCACGGAGCGCCGAAGACAAGCAAACAGCCAAACAAGCGUUGGACAAAGUGCUCGACCGCUUCCUCACACAACUCCGAACUGACGAGAAAAACUUCGACUCGACAACUUGCUGGAUCGAUGCUUCGCUGGUGAAAUCGCGCGACGUCAAGGGCCUGCGACUAGACGACCGAGAAUGGGGCAACUACGCCAUGGAUCUUGAAUCAGAUUCGGAUGACGAAGAAGAUGUUGAGGAAGACGUUGGAGAUGCUGAAGACGCCAAACCACAACGAGCAGUACCUCAGCGCCCCAAACCCACCCCAACACCUGUCUCAAGAGCAAAGCUGCGACCUGCAUCCGAUGUUCUCAACCGAUUGCGCUGGGACCCGAGUCUCGAUCCAAGCGACUAUAUCAUUGGAUACGAAGACCGCUUCCUUGGUGCAAAAGAGACGGGACUAGAGAAGUGGAAGACGGAGCAGACGGAUGAGGAGUUUAUUCCUCAGCAUAGGAUACUUUACUUCAAGAAGAGGGGUGGGGAUGAUGGGAGGGGAGAAGUUGUGUGGGAGAGGGCGACGAGGAUAGACAAGGUAUUUGGGAGUGGGCUUGGUACGGGAGAGUAGAUGUGUUUAGAUAUUAUGAAGGAAGUAAGAUUUACUGGAGUUGGCCAUCAAUAGAUGCUGCCUGGUAACAACCCUGAUGCGUGUUCUGUUUGUAUAAUUCUGCACAAAAACCGACAUCGCAAGCCGCAUUGUUGGGAGUGAGCAAUAAUUGUGGUUUGU